UUUUAUUUAGUGCACCCGGUCCGAUUAUUGUAUGUUUAUUUGUUAAUCUGUUAAUUUGUCUAUUAGAAGCUACAGGAACAAAAUAAUGUUAAAACAAAAACUCGAGGCACUGGGCCAUCCAACACCCUGCGAUGUUGCAUUAAGCAAUCGCAAGGAAUUUGCAAGCACCGUACUUUGGCUAGAAGAUCAAAAGAUACGUUUUUAUACGAUUGAUGAUCGCGAGAAAUUACGCAAUUUAGACAAUAUGUUGGUGUGGGAAGAGGGCUAUAAGCAAUACUGCAUUGAUUUGAAUAUGCCCCCUUAUGAAACCCAACUGGAGCAGCUCACCUGGAUGGUGGGGCAUGCAAUACGUCUCGAGUUUCUCGAUGAUCCUGCGCAAUACGAAUCAAUCAACAGUCAAGCCACUGGCCAGAUAAAAAACAACGGAUCGCUUUCUCAACAAAAAACUCAAACUUUAUUCAAUGGAAAGAUAAAUGUCAAUGACAAGGAAUUUAUUGAUGGCGUACGUCUCUUGGCUACAAAGCUUAAAGUGCCCUAUCAUCCCAACCAUUUGCUUCAACUGGAGGCUGUGGCACGCAUUGUGCAUGAACGCGUUGGUCCAACAGCCAGUCAGAAAACUGCGGUUACUGGCACCCCAUUUCCCUUUGAUAAGGGCAACGAUGUUGUUUCAGCUAACGAUCCAGCUCUGGAUUAUCCCAUGCGCAUUUUGCGCCUGCUGCAAAUACAAAGCUUACGUCAGCUUCAAACUAAGAUCAACGAAACUAUUGUCGCCGUUCAGAACUUAACUGCCAAUCCAAAGACUGACACCAAGCUAGGAAAGGUGGGGCGCUGAAGCCAAAUGUGUCUACAUACAAAUGAAUAAAUGUUAUGAACAAAUUAAAUUUAACUAAUACGUUUAUAAUUAAAUAU